CCUGCCCUUGUAAACCCUACACCUAUUUUCCAUUCGAUUCCACCAACCAAAUUUUCCUUCAGCCAUGGAAGAUCUAAUAAUCUCCCCAUCUUCAUCUUCUUCUCUGGUUUCAUUUUCUCAAGAAUCUGCACCUUCAACUCUCCAGCAGAGGCUUCAAUUUAUGAUCCAGAGCCAGCAAAAUUUGUGGGCGUACGCUGUGUUUUGGCAGACAUUAAACGAUGAUCUAGGUCGUUUGUUCUUGGCUUGGGGAGAUGGUUAUCUUCAAUGCACCAAAGAUAUGUCUCCGAAACUGAGUUCCAAUGUCCAUGGCUUGCACAAUGAUCGAAGAAAGGUGAUGAAGGGAAUCCAAGCGCUUAUCGGGGACAAUCACGACAUCAAUAUGUCCAUGCUCGACGGAACCGAUAUCACCGAUGUUGAAUGGUUCUAUAUGAUGUCGAUGACUCGGUCUUUCUCCGCCGGAGAUGGGAUUCCAGGCAAGGCUCUUAGUACUGGGUCUUUGAUUUGGCUAACUGGUGCUCAUGAAUUGCAGUUUUACAAUUGUGAAAGAGCUCGAGAAGCACAAACGCAUGGCGUUGACACACUGGUUUGUAUUCCUACUUCUUGCGGUGUUGUUGAGCUAGGAUCCUCGGAAAUGAUCAGGGAAAAUUGGGGUUUAAUCCAGCAAGUGAAAUCCCUAUUCGGAUCCGAUCUCAUUGGUUUGGUUCCGAAACAAUCAAAUCCGAAUCUAACCCCUGGUCCGAUCCAGUUCCUUGAUAGAAACAUCUCGUUUGCAGACAUCGGAAUAAUAGCCGGUGUUCAAGAAGAUGAUGAUGCCAGCCCUGAUAUAAAAACAAAGCAAGAAAACAAUAACAAGAGUAACCAAACCAAGAAAGAUUCCUCCUCGAAACUUGGGCAACCUUCUUAUGCGGAUUCAGAGCAUUCAGAUUCAGAUUUUCCAUUACUUGCAAUGAAUAACGUAGAGAAGAGAACCCCAAAGAAAAGAGGGAGGAAACCCGGGCUCGGACGAGAGACCCCGUUGAACCACGUGGAAGCCGAGAGGCAACGCCGUGAGAAGCUAAACCACAGGUUCUACGCUCUCCGAGCAGUAGUCCCGAACGUGUCGCGCAUGGACAAAGCAUCGCUCUUAUCUGACGCUGUCUCCUACAUCAACGAGCUAAAGCUGAAGAUUGAAGAACUGGAGUCUCAGCUUCAGAAAGAGUGUAAGAAAGUGAAGGUAGAAACGGUCGAUAACACUAUGGAUAACCAAAGCACCACCACCACUUCCGAAGAGCAAGCAACCAGGCCAAGCGAUUCGUCAUCCGGAACUGAUGGAUCCAGUGGGCUGGAACUGGACGUCAAGAUCAUGGGAAAUGAUGCAAUGAUUAGGGUUCAAUCAGAGAACGUGAACAACCCAGCUGCUAGGUUAAUCUGUGUCCUUCGAGACCUGGAGUUCCAGAUCCAUCAUGCAAGCAUGUCGUGUGUUAACGAUGUCAUGCUGCAGGAUAUUGUCGUUAGGGUUCCUGAUGGAUUGACAACCGAUGAAGGCCUAAAAUCUGCUCUUGUAAGCAGGCUAGAUCAGCAGUGAGUAAGGUUUGAUUCAGGCUAUGCAGUAUCCAACUAUCCAUUUUCAAUAUUUUCUACUAUUAU